UUCCUGUGUUGCGUCAUUUGUUCAGCAUGCUCGCUGAGCAAAGCGAUGGACGGCCUGGGGAGCAGAUGAGAUGAUUGUUUUCUUUUCUCCGAUUAAAAUUGUCGUGAAAAAAAAGUACGCUGAUGUUACUCAGCGUGGAAUACAGAUUACGAGAAAACAUGAGGACAGUCGUGUGGGUCCCUGUUAUUCUGAGUGAGUCUGUCGGCUCAGUUGGACCGGAAGAAACGUAAAAGAAAAAUUUCAUUCUGCUCAUACUCCCGAACUUCCUUGAGCACAAAUCUUAACCCGUCGGCUAUACCUCAGUGAGGUGGAGAUCCAAGGCCGCAGAAGAGGGGGAUUCCUUCGGAAAAUUGCAAGAAUACUUGCAACCGGGCGACCGGCAGCGGAUGACCUACUGUGCGAAGAGAUUCUCAACAGGGAGGACUAUCGGUGGUUAAAUAAGUCUUAACAGGAUUUCCGAUCCGCGAUGAAGUUGAAGAUCGUCAGGCUGCAACGUCGCAACUGGUUUCUCAAGUUUGGGACCCCCAUCAUGUUUCUGAUUAUUUCUCUCAUCGUGAUAGCUCUGUUGAGCCGAGACUUGGGCCGCAGGAAAGCGGAGCCCCGCUCUUCCAGCAGGUUCUACAGCACGUCGUUUCUGAUGGGGACUAGCGUUCGCUGUGACACCAAAACGCCUUUUCUGGUCCUGUUGGUCACCAGCUCUCCCGAGCAGCUCGAGGCUCGCUCCGCGAUCCGCCAGACCUGGGGCAGCGAGCAGCUGGUGGGCGGAGCCAGAUCGGUGACCUACUUCCUGCUAGGAAACGGGCGUGAGUGGCAGGACCGCAUCCGUCGGGAGGGCGAGCUGCACCGAGACAUCAUCCAGGGAGAUUUCGAGGACGCAUACCACAACCUGACUCGCAAGGUGUUGAUGGGUUUGGAGUGGGUCUGCUCCUACUGUCCCUCCGCCUCCUUCGUUAUGAAGACCGACUCCGAUGUGUUCGUCAACACCGAUUACCUGAUAGAGCUCCUGUCCCGGCACCCUACUAUGAGCAAUCUCUUUACCGGCUUCAUCAUGAAGCACCGCAAACCCGUGCGGGACAACACCAGCAAGUGGUACGUCAGUGAGGAGGAGUACCCCGGGGACACGUACCCUCCUUUCUGUUCUGGCACCGGGUAUGUCCUUUCGAUUGACUUGGCCUGCCGUGUGUGGCACACGUCCAGCAGCGCGCAUCUGUUAAAACUCGAGGAUAUUCAUGUGGCGCUGCGCAUAGCGGAGAUGAAGGUAGAACCAGUGCCAAUCAUCUCCCAGCCCGUCUUCCGUAGCUACCAGGUGCCUUUCUCCAUCUGCUCUUACCGGAGGCUUGUCACCUCGCAUCAGGCUACAAUCUCGGAGCAGCUGCUCUACUGGAAGGCUCUGAAGGACUCGGCCGACGAGAAAUGUCCUGGAGAUCCGUGAAAGGAAGGGGGAUUGCUUAUCUUGUCCCGUCUGAGGGCAGCCGAACUACGCAGGGCACUGGAGAGAUUUGGGGGAAAAACAAGAUGAUCAGUUGGCGGGAGAUAGACGCUGAUAGAGUGGGAGACGUGGAAUGAGCGGUUUGGAUAGGGAUUGGGUAAGAAACUGUCGCAAGUUCUGGCAAUGCGACCGCUGUCGCCAGACAAUUUUCAGAACAGCAUCGGUAAUGGCUGGGGUCACAAGUUUUAACCUCAAGACACCGCACAGAAGGAGGCAAUGGCAAAACACUUCUGUAGACAAAGUUGCGAGGAGCAGUCAGCAUCAAAAUCGUGAAUGCCCACGUCAUACCACACGGCAAAUAGUGCGGAUGAUGAGCCGAAUGGGAGGAGUAUGGAAGGAUAUGGCCAGAGUGCAGGGUAGAAACAUAGACAGAAGAAUAUGUGGAGACGAACUAGGACGCCGACUGCGUCCUUUUAGUGCCGUUCUUUACAGUCCUCCAGCCAGAUCUUGCUUUCAAAAACUGCUACGCUCUGAAUGUGUUUGGAAAGAGGUUGUUCAAUGUAUCUGCCGAAAUCUUCCUGUCAGUUAAAAGAUGUGCAUAUGUAAAACUUUGGCCUUUGGUUUGCUGAUCUGGGCGUGGAAGCCGGCCUGAAAGGCAGCACUGAGUGAGUGCUGUACUGCACCGUGGGUAGCAGGGUGUGGUGGGUAUUCCAUGCCUUCUUUAUUGCUCCAUUUAUAAAUGUCUUAUCUCUUGUCGCAAUUUGCACUCUGCCCCACUAAAGCCAAACCCGAUAACUGUGUGUGCUUUCUAGCGACUGGAAGCACGUCAACUUUAAUUUCUAGGGCACAACCCGAAGUCGGCGAGGAUAUUAGAAAAAUACGCGGCACGGCAGAGCCAGCCAACUGAGUGCCAAUCCAGUAGCUGUUUGUAAGAACCCGUGAAUACGUGCCUUUCUCUGCGUGCUCUGGUUCCCUCUCACAUUCAAAAACUUCCGUGCUGCAGGUUAAUUGCAGGGAAAUGGCAAAAUUAUCCUGUGCCUUUCGAUAAUCUCUGUGCGUUCCUGUCCAUGAGUUUAAAUUCAUGGGAUUUGUUCGUGUUUUGUGCAGGAGAUGAAAUAAAACAGAAUGCUC